UUUCAGCUGUAAAAAUGACAGCUAUUGGAAGGAUGUCAACAGUCUUGGAGCCAUUAAUGAAGAAUUUGCAGAUGUGCAGUCAACGUUUAAGUAGUUCUGCACCUAAAAUUGCUUUGUUGGGUGCUGCUGGUGGUAUUGGACAGCCACUUGGCUUACUGCUAAAAAUGAAUAAGCAUGUAGCAAAUUUGGCAUUGUACGAUAUCAAAGAUACGCCAGGUGUGGCCGCGGAUCUGUCACAUAUUGACACUAGAGCUCACGUCACAGGAUAUACUGGUGCAAAUGAACUGGAUAAAGCUUUAAAGGGUGCUGAUAUUGUAGUGAUACCCGCUGGUCUACCAAGGAAACCAGGCAUGAGUCGUGAUGAUCUAUUCAAUACGAACGCUAGCAUUGUACGAGACUUAAGUGAAGCAGCCGCCAAAUAUUGUCCAAAAGCUUUCGUUGCAAUCAUUACAAAUCCUGUUAACUCAACAGUUCCAAUUGCUUGUGAAAUUUUCAAAAAACACGGUGUAUUUGACCCGCGACGCAUAUUUGGUGUCACAACACUCGAUGUUGUACGAUCAGCAGCGUUUGUUGCAGAAGCCAAAAAUCUAGAUGCUGAGCAAACAAACAUACCCGUGAUUGGUGGUCAUUCUGGUAUUACUAUCAUUCCGCUUCUUUCGCAAGCGAAACCGUUCUGUAAGUUCUCGGAUGAUGAAGUGAAGAAGUUGACAGAACGAAUCCAAAAUGCUGGAACGGAAGUUGUGAAAGCAAAGGCUGGAGCUGGAUCAGCUACGCUUUCAAUGGCUUUGGCAGCUUCGAAAUUUGUAGAAAAUUUGUUGAAAGGUCUCAGAGGUGAGAAAUCCGUUCAGUGCGCAUAUGUAGCUUCGGAUAUGUGCAACGGCGUGGACUACUUUGCAACACCAUUGGAAUUUGGUAAAAACGGAGUUGAGAAGAUUCUUGGAAUAGGCGAGCUUAGCGCAUACGAACAGGGCCUUGUCGAUGCUGCCAUUCCAGAACUGAAGAAAAAUAUUUCGAAGGGUAAAAAAUUUGUGAGUGGCUAAAUUAUUGCUAGAUAAGGAUGAUCCGAUUAUUACGGAAUCUGCUGCUAAGCUGCAUUUACUCGGCAUAAAACAAGUCAUGUUUUCUUCAAGGGAUAGCCCAAAUUUAGUACGAAUUUCUGUUUAGGUUUCAAUUUUAAGUAAGGAAUUCUGUUCGAUUAUUUCAUAAUGUACGAUUUUGAGGUAUUGUCUUCUUCCUUGCGUUCUUCAGUUUUCGAAGCUCUGUUCAUCUGUAAAAUUGGUCAUCUUUAUUGUUUUCCUCAUCAUCUUUUUUACCAGUUUAUUCAUGUUAUUUUUUUUAUAGAUUUUUAUAGCUGUCAGUUAAGGGUUGUUAAAAUUUUUUUUACUUUUGCUAAUAUUAUUAUAUAUUGCUGCUAAUAUUGUAUACCGAUAAUAUGCUUAUAUAUUGGCAUGGGAAUUUAUCUCGCUUUCAGAUGUCAUAUUUAUCAC